GUUAAAGCUAUCUGGCAUUUUGAAGGUCGCUCGGUGUUAUAUACCCCCCCAGAAACGCCACGAUGUCUUUCCCCACAACUUCGCAACUACAGCACAACCAUGAACCUCACACCCCACGCUAUCCUCCUGCUCAUCCUCCCGCUCCUCGCCCACGCAAGCGAGCUUCCACCCCUCCGCUUUGCCGCCCGGGGUAGUGAAGCGAGCACCGAACAGAUCUGCCAUGGCGACACCUGCUACCCGCGAGUUUUCGUUCCGACGCACGAGUUCGCUGUGAUAAAAUCCGACCAGGAGAUCCCGACCGGCCUGCACAUCCGUAUGAACGUGGCCACUGGCGAGCGGGAGGCGAAGAUCAAUGUUCCCAGCGAGGCGGAUGCCGAGCACGAAGCAGUCAUUGUCGUCCCGUCUGCAGAGGAGGAGGAGGCGAUAAUAGCAGAGCUGCCGCAGGGUGCUCCACGGGAGCAGCCGCUGGGAAAGCAGAACAUCAAGCCGCCGAAGGACUCGACCACGGACUCGGGGGUCUUUGGCGAGUCGGUCGCCACGCUACUCCCCCCCGCGGCCGGUGCUGCAGAGCUGACGAAGGCGCUGGAGGAACUCUCGGAGAUCGCGCACGAAGCCUAUUGGGGGGCGCAGUUGACCUCGCACACCGGCGUUGUGCCCGCGCUGCUCGGCCUCCUCGAGAAUAAUUCCCCCCACCGCGCGAUGGCCGCAUUGGUCCUCGGCAGUGCGGUCUCAAACAAUCCCAAAGCCCUCUCCAGCGCCGCUGUACACCCGCUGGCACACACCGUCCUUACCGCGCUGGAAGGAGAGAGUGAGGAAAAUGUGAUGAAAAGGCUGCUUUUCCUGCUUGGCCAGAUCCUGCGCGACUCCUCUGUCCGUGCCGAUUUCUUAUCCGAACGCGGCGUCGGCGUAGUGGUACAUGUGUUUACCCGCGCCGGACCGGCGGUAAUGGGCAGGAUCGCCACGGUCAUCGAGGAUGCAUUUUUGAAUGCGGAUAUGCGCGUGGAUGGCGAGGCGGUGAAGGAGACCGAGAGGCUACAGGAGUUGAUGCCGCUGUGUGCGGUGUUUCAGGAGGGGUUGGCCGGGACUAAGGAUGCGGAGGUCGAUGAGCGCGAGAAGAUACUGAGUGCGCUGAAGGCUCUGACGGCGACGGUGGGGUGUGCUGAGGGGAGGAAGACGGAGUUGUAGGUUGUAGGUUGAUGGCUGAUGGCUGAUGGCUGAGGCUGGCGUUUUGCUUUUGGGUGGUGGAUUGUACGAUAGGUAGAUGCGGCGCGAAACGAAUCAUAUACUAUGAAUUCACAGUUGAAGAUCUGAACCCACAGG